AUGGAGGAAGAUGUGAGAGCUAAGGAGCAUUUUGUGCCUCCUUUCUGUCCAAAGUUUCACCUGACAAUGACCAAACUAAUGGCAAACGAGAGAGAGGCAUUACAGCUGAAGCAGUAUCUUCAAAAUGUUACUUUGGAUUCAAAUAUUACAAAUAGAGAUAUCUUCAUAAAUCUUGUUGAAAAAUUGAGAUAUGAUACAUUUAAGAUCCAAACCCAGAAAGCCUUUUUGGAUGUUUACCUUGCUGAUGGCAGCAAUAUUAGACUUUAUAUCCAGACAUCAGACACUGCAGAAAGAAUAUUUCAUAUGGAGUUCCCUUCUUACGCCAGGAGAGGAGGAGCAGCAAUGGCUCUGCCUAUUUUGUGUAUUCGCACAUUUACGUUAGCGGAAAAACUGGCAGAACUUGAACUUCCUUAUGUGAGAUUUCAGAGCAUGAAGGAGUUGCACUCUAAGCUUGGGAUCAGAAAGUGUUGUAUGGAUCCUUUUUUCAAUACACUGCUGAUGGAUUGUAGAAUUUCACUGGACUUGCUACAUACACAGGCAUUCCAGGAAGUUAAGAGGAAUUGGGUUAAACCAACAGACAAGCAGAUGCAGCAACUUCAAUUUCUACAAAAAUGUAAACAAAGCAAAGGUAAAACAUUCCUGAUGCAGAUUUGAGAAAUGCAGUUCUAUGUUUGUGACUAUCCAAAAGAAAGCUGCUCAGCUGACACCCAUGUUGACAAUUAUGAGAGAUGCAUGACACUGCCUACUAACAAAUUAGAGGUUAGCUUUAAAAUCAACAGGUGAAGAAUUUGGAAGGUUACUUCUGUUGUAAGUACUUCACUCUCUUUGGUAUACAAAGGAUGCCAAAGAAGCUUGGAUAGACUGGAGCUCCGAUUUGAGUACAAGGACUCAGGCACAUGAAACUGGAUAAUUUUGUACACAAAACAGACCUUUGUGUUCAGUAGCUGCUUGAAGAAAAUGGUAUCAGAACAGAUUAUGAAGGCAGCCAAUUGUAAAUCUGUUCUGGAGAUCAAGAUGCCUGAAUAGAUGAAAAAUAGUAAGAAAUCCAGCAUCGAACAAAAACAGGUUAUUCCUUUGGGUUGUAUCUCAAGGAAGAGAUUUUUAGUCAAGCCAAAUGAAGAUGACUGUGUAUUUGAGAAAAUAAGUGAAGAUCACCUCAAUAGUUUAUUUUAG